GUGUAUGAUUCAAGACAAUUCAAUAUGAUAUAACUUUUGAAUAAACAAAUUAUUCUUAACAUAAUUUGUAUAUGAAACAUCAUUAGAGAUGAUUAAUUUGUAAUAAAUUUUCUGAACAUUAAUCGGUUUUUUGAGAAAAAAACAUUUUGUUAGUACGAAGAAUUUGCUGAACUUAUUUUCAUUACUUACAUCCACGCGAUGCAUGUGUUUAGAAUGAAAAAAAGAUUACUUUUGUGCAUAUUAUAAAAUAUAACAUUUAUAAAAGAGAAAUAAUUAAACAUUACUGAGAAGAGAGAAUGAAGAGAUAAUAAUUUUAUAUGUUAUAUACACAUAGAUGAAAUAAAAGAUUGAACAUUUUUUAAAGACUCUAGUAACAAAAUGUUCUUUAGCAAAAUUAAAAUUGUAUUUAGUGGUUAUACCAAUAUCAUUGCAAAAUGCCAUGUGCGGCCGAUAAUGAAUAAUGUCCGUAAAGUGAAUUUUCUCUUAAAAAACCAAACACCGCAAUUGGUAGGCUGCAUACAUAAUUUAGUUAUUGGCAAAUCAACACCUACGAUCAAAGAAGGAGUUUCGCCAGUUAAUAGAUAUGUUCUGAGAACGCAUACAUGUGGUGAACUGACACUACAAAAUGUUGGAGAGGAAGUAAAAUUGAGUGGCUGGGUGGAAUUUCAAAGAAUGGGAAAAUUUAUAAUAUUGCGAGAUACCUAUGGAUCAACACAGUUACUUAUACCGGAAGAUAGAAAGGAUUUGAUUGAAACUGUAAAGAAUUUAUCUCAUGAAAGUGUUUUAAGUAUAAUAGGUAAAGUUAUAUCAAGACCAAAAGAUCAGCGGAAUAAGAGAAUGAAAACUGGUGAUAUAGAAGUAUAUAUAGAGUCCAUCAAGAUUUUAAAUAUAGCAUCACGCAAUCUUCCAAUAUUUAUUAGAGAAUAUAAUAAAGCAAAGGAAAGUCAACAAAUGAAAUACAGAUAUCUUUCAUUGAGAUAUCCUGAAUUGCAAAGAAAUUUAAGAAUGCGUUCCUCUUUUAUAGCGAAGAUGAGAGAAUUUUUAAUCAAUGAGUGUAAUUUUGUGGAUGUUGAGACACCAACUCUUUUUAAAAAUACACCAGGAGGUGCACAAGAAUUUAUAGUGCCUACUAGAUCACCAGGUAACUUUUAUUCACUGGUACAGAGUCCUCAACAAUUCAAACAACUUCUUAUGGUGGGUGGCUUUGAUAGAUACUUUCAAAUCGCUCGAUGUUAUAGAGAUGAGAGUGUCAGGCAUGAUAGACAGCCAGAAUUUACUCAGUUAGACAUUGAAAUGUCAUUUGUUGAUCCGGACGGAAUAAUGAAUUUGAUUGAAAAUUUAUUGGUAUAUUCAUGGCCAGAAGAAUUAAAUCCUAUAAAAGUACCUUUCAAACUUAUGAUGUAUAAAGAUGCAAUGGAAUUGUAUGGUACUGAUAAACCAGAUUUGAGGAUACCGUAUCUAAUACAAAAUCUUACGCAUAUCUCUGAUUUAUCAGUAUUAAAAAGAACCAUGAAACUCGAAGAUGAUAAACAAAAAGUGUACGCGUUAAUCUUCCCAAAUAAAUUAAAAUACUUGACAAAAUCUGUCAGAAAUGAAUUCUCUAAGAUUCGUAAUGACUACUUCAAUACAACAAAGCUAAUUCAAUUGAAAAUUGAAAAUAAUUUAUGGAGAACUCAGUUAGAUGAAUUAUUUUCAAAAAAAGGAGCAGAAGAUAUAUCACAGUACUGCAAAUUACAGGAAGGAGAUGCGAUAUUAUUAGCAAUUGGACAUGAAAUUAAUGCAUUGAAACUCUUAGGAAAGUUACGUGUAGAAUUUACAAAUGUAAUAGAAACAAAAGGUGAACAGAUACGUUCAUCUGAAACCGAAUUUGUAUGGAUCGCAGACUUUCCAUUAUUCACAUUUGAAAAAAAGUUGCAAUCAACGCAUCAUCCAUUUACGCAACCUCAUUCAGAUGACAUGGAAUAUCUUACGACCGAUCCGUUAAAGGUGAGAGGUUUGCAUUAUGAUCUGGUUAUGAAUGGAUCAGAAAUUGCAGGAGGUUCCAUUCGAAUCCAUGAUGCAAAUUUACAGAGGCAGAUAUUGAAAAUAUUGAACAUAGAUGAAUCAAAAUUAUCACAUAUGCUAGAAGCUUUGACAUAUGGAGCUCCACCUCAUGGUGGAAUAGCUAUAGGUUUAGAUCGCCUCGUUUGCUUACUUUGCAAUGCGAAAAGCAUACGGGAUGUUAUAGCUUUUCCAAAAACAAUGGAGGGGCGAGAUCUAAUGUCUGGGGCACCGGAUGCCAUAUCAGAUGAAGUGAAGACACUGUAUCACAUACAAACAUUAGAAAAGUGAAGGGUCAUAAAUUUUUUUUCCAUGGUAAGUAUAGGAAUCGUACUUGAUUGCAUUCGCGUAUAUAUAU